AUGGCAGUGCCGUGCCAUCAUUGGCCUGACAUGCUUCAGUUUUUGGACAGCCCCGUGACGGACGUCACAUUUGAAAUGAUUCGUCUUGGUUCAUUGAGCAGCGGUAUUCAUUUCAGCCUGGUCGAGGAAACAAGCUCGAACGAAGCCGAUAUGGGACUGCAGUCCAGUUUUUUAGUCUGUGGUUUAUGGCAUUGCCAGAUGCAUAGCUCCAAAGAGGCGAGCCUAACACCAGGAAAAACAAACAGAAGUAGUACGCCAGACUCAGAACUACCGGCGAUGGGCGAUGCACUCGUGCCACGAGUGCACCACCCGUGCCAACUACCGGCGAUGGGCGAUGCACUCGUGCCACGAGUGCACUCCACACCCGUGCCACUGGAGGGGUGGCGGGUAUACGAAUGCACCAUGGUGCAACGUAACAGGGUGACCCUCCCUGCAGGGCGUACCCGUCCAGCACACGAGGUUUUCUUCCUUCGUGCCUGCUACCAGAUCUGGUAG